AUGCCUCUUGGGUUGGACACUCUAGAUUUUACGGUACUGUGUGGCCUGGCUUUGGCCGUGGCGGCUUAUGUGGCGAAAGAUAAGCUCAAGCGCGCGUUGGUUUCUGGCGAGUCUUUAGCUGUGCAGUCCGAUUCGCGCGACAUAGUCCAAGCACUGCAUGACAAUGGGAAGAACUACCUCGUCCUUUAUGGCUCCCAAACGGGGACUGCCGAGGAUUACGCCAAAAAAUUCGCAAAGGAACUUGCGGCCAAGUUUUCGCUGAAGGUAAUGUGCGCAGACGUGGAAAGUUACGACGUUGAGGGUCUUAAUAAGCUUCCUUCCGAUGUAGUGGUAUCCAUCUUUCUCUCUACGUAUGGCGAGGGUGAUUUUCCGGACGGUGCCGUGCCGUUCGAGGAUUACUUGGCCGGUCUCAAUGAGGGAGACCUCGAAAAUCUCCGCUACACCUUGUUCGGACUCGGAAACUCCACCUACGAGUUUUUCAACGGUGCCAGUAAGAAGGUCCACAAAUAUUUGUCAGAAGCCGGGGCCACUUUGUUGGGCAAGUACGGAGAAGCCGACGAUGGUGCAGGAACUACUGACGAAGACUAUCUGGCCUGGAAGGAUCCCCUGAUGGAUCUGCUGAAAUCAGAACUCGGUCUGGACGAGCAUGAGCAGAAGUUUGAACCCAACUUUGGGUAUUCGGAGUUGGGCGACUCUUCAGAAAAUGCCAACACCGUUUCGCUCGGAGAACCAACCACUCAGUACUUGCCUGGUAACCAGCUAACUUUCAGUCCGGACGGAAAGCAAACGGGGCCGUUCGAUUCCACGCAUCCAUACGUAGCACCCAUAGUGGCCACUAAGGAACUGUUCAAUUCUGGCGACCGUAACUGUAUUCACGCCGACUUCGACGUUUCUGGAUCCAAUCUGAAGUAUUCCACAGGUGAUCACUUAGCAGUCUGGCCAUCGAACUCCAACGAAAAAGUGAGCCGGUUUCUGGACUGUUUCGGUCUUGAUCCUGAUAUGGUAUUCACUUUGAAGCCAUUGGAUUCAACUAUCAAGCUACCGUUCCCGACACCCGUAACCGUGGGUGCAGCUGUUAGACAUUACUUGGAGAUUACCGGACCAAUCUCUAGGCAGCUUUUCAGUUCCAUAAUGCAAUUUGCCCCAAACGAGGAACUGAAAGAACGCCUGAAGGAGCUUUCAAGAGAUAAAGACGACUUUGCGAAGGAAAUUACCAUAAAAUAUUUCAACUUGGUCGACGCUCUACUGUACUUGUCUAAUGGCGCUAAGUGGGAUUCUGUUCCUUGGAAUUUUUUGGUUGAAUCCAUCCCUCAUAUGCAACCUCGUUACUACUCCAUUUCUUCCUCUUCCUUGAGUGAGAAACAAACUAUCAGCAUCACUGCUAUUGUUGAGCAGAUGGCCAAUCCAGUAUCUGACAAGGCAGAACCUGUAACUGGUGUUGCUACCAAUUUACUAAGACAUAUUCAAUUGUCGCAGAAUAAGCAAGAUGUCGGUAGUUCAACCCUUCCAGUGCACUACGAUCUGUCAGGUCCAAGGGGCCUUUUCAGAACCUAUAGACUUCCGGUCCACGUUAGACGUUCCUCUUUUAGGUUACCUUCCAACCCUGCCACUCCGAUAAUCAUGAUAGGACCUGGAACAGGUGUCGCACCAUUCCGUGGUUUCGUCCGGGAUCGUGUGAAGUUUUCAGAACAACAGCCCAGCGUCUCUCUGGGAAAACAUCUAUUGUUUUACGGCUCAAGAGAUGAGAAUGACUUCUUGUAUCAGGAGGAAUGGCCUGAGUAUAGUAAGAAGCUUGGGGGUGUGUUUGAGAUGAUUGUUGCUCAUUCGAGGUUACCAGGCAAGCCCAAAAAAUAUGUUCAGGACAGACUCAUCGAAAAUGAGAAGGAGGUCUUCGACUUGAUCGCCAUCAAGGGUGCUUUCAUCUACGUCUGCGGCGAUGCCAAGGGCAUGGCGCAAGGUGUGCAUUCCGCGCUGGUAACCAUCAUCAGUAGAGGAAAGAACGUUAAGGAAUCAGAUGCCGCUGAAAUGUUGAAAUUGUUCAAAUCGAGCGGUAAGUACCAAGAAGAUGUCUGGUGA